UUUUCUUUCUUUCUCUGCUUCAUCUUUUCCGAAUUCCGAAUCCCGUCAUCAUGUCGGACCAAGAAAUUGACACCUUGCGAAGCACCUUCCCCUCCUACAUGGCCGAGGGCGAGCGGCUCUAUCUCUGCGGGGAGUUCUCUAAAGCUGCCAUCAGCUUCAGCAACGCUCUGCACCUUCAGAAUGGGGACAAGAACUGCCUGGUGGCCCGCUCCAAGUGCUUCCUGAAGAUGGGAGAGUUAGAGAAAUCCCUGAAGGAUGCUGAGGAUUCACUCCAGGGUGACCCGACUUUCUGCAAGGGCAUUUUGCAAAAGGCAGAGACCCUGUACACCAUGGGAGACUUUGAGUUUGCCCUGGUGUUCUAUCAUCGAGGCUAUAAGCUACGGCCUGAUCGGGAAUUCAAAGUCGGCAUUCAGAAAGCCCAAGAAGCCAUCAACAACUCAGUGGGAACUCCUUCUUCAAUUAAGCUGGAGAACAAAGGAGACCUGUCCUUCUUAAGCAAGCAGGCUGAGAGUAUGAAAGCCCUGCAGAAGCCGCAUCCCGUGAGACAGACCUCAUACUACCCCAAGACCGAGUCCAAGCGGCGGGGCUCGGUCAAGAGUGAGAAGACUGUCCGCCAGCUCCUGGGCGAGCUCUACGUGGACAAGGAGUAUCUGGAGAAGCUCCUACUGGAUGAAGACCUGAUCAAAGGCACCAUCAAGCACGGCCUGACCGUGGAGGACCUCAUCAUGAAUGGCAUCAACUACCUGGACUCCCGCAGCAACUUCUGGAGGCAGCAAAAGCCCAUCUACGCCAGGGAGCGUGACCGGAAGCUGAUGCAAGAGCAGUGGCUGCGGAACCGCAAACGCCGCCCCUCACAGACGGCCCGAUACAUCCUCAAGAGCCUGGAGGACAUUGACAUGCUGCUGACCAGCGGCAGUGCUGAGGGGAGCCUUCAGAAAGCUGAGAAAGUGCUGAAGAAGGUGCUGGAAUGGAACAAAGACGAGGUGCCCAACAAGGAUGAGCUGGUUGGGAACUUGUACAGCUGCAUAGGGAAUGCCCAGAUCGAGCUGGGGCAGAUGGUCGCAGCCCUGCAGAGCCACAGAAGAGACCUGGAGAUCGCCAAAGAAUAUGACCUUCCUGAUGCCAAGUCGAGAGCCCUUGACAACAUUGGCAGGGUUUUUGCCAGAGUUGGGAAAUUCCAGCAAGCCAUCGACACGUGGGAGGAGAAGAUCCCUCUGGCGAAAACCACUCUGGAGAAGACCUGGUUGUUCCAUGAGAUCGGCCGCUGCUACUUGGAGCUGGACCAGGCCUUGCAGGCCCAGAACUACGGCGAGAAGUCCCAGCAGUGCGCCGAGGAAGAAGGGGACAUCGAGUGGCAGCUGAACGCCAGUGUUCUGGUGGCACAGGCACAAGUGAAGCUGAGAAACUUCGAGUCGGCCGUGAACAACUUCGAGAAGGCCCUGGAGAAAGCGAAGCUGGUCCACAACAACGAGGCGCAGCACGCCAUCAUCAGCGCUUUGGACGAUGCCAACAAGGGCAUCAUUGAUGAGCUGAAGAAAACGAACUACAGGGAUAUAUUCAAAGAGAAGAAAGAGAAAGAGGAGGCUGCGGCGCUGGAUAAGGCAAAAGCAGCGGCAAAGGGGAAGGAGAGAGUGAGAAGAGCGAGAGACGAGCCGGAGAAGGUGAUGAAGCAUUGGGAAAGGGAGCGCGAGGACGUGGAGAAGGACAUGGACGACGAGCUGUCUAACGGAGAAGGUCCGACCGUCACGGCGAGCGGGCAGGAAGUGAGCAGGAAGGGGGGAGUAGAAAAAAACACCUCCUCCAGAAGAGACGUGGGAGCCACGGGGAAAGAUUCGAGAGAUGUUAUGAAGAAACAGUCCGGAGAACCAGGCAGAAGUUCAGGAGGAGCAGGUGAGGAAGCGGGUGAGGAAGUGGGCAGACGGGAAUCGAGAGAAAUCUACAGGCGGCCUUCCGACCUGGACCAGAAACUCUCAGAAGAAUCAAUAAAAGACGGAUCCGAAGACGAAGAGGAGAGUCUUUCAGAAGCCGAAAGAAGAGCGUCGGAAGAACCGGGGGAAAUAGAACUGGGAGAGACGGAAACAGAAAGUGCUGAAAAAAUGGAAAAGGAUGAAAAGGAAGAUGAAUGAAGCCCUCGUUAGUAGGCUUUGGGAUCAGGAGGCUGGGUUCACAGGGGCUUGGGGAUCUUACUAAACUAGACUUCCGAGUCGAGAUUUUUGAAAAGGUCACCUCUGCCUUUUUCUGAUACUGUUUUCCCUUUAAAUAGAUAUCUUUCACUUG